AAAGCUAAGUAUAAACCCCAGCCAAAACCCUAGAAACAAACCUUUCGUCUCGCUCUAACAGAGUUUUGAAAAACCUAAAAGACGAAGAUGGAAGCAAGAGAAGAAUCAAAGGAGGUGAAUAUGAAUAACAAUGUCAUGUGUCAGUUAGCAGACCCUGAAGGAAACCCACUGGGUGCUUCCAUGUAUCUUCCUCAAAGCGUUGGUCCUAAGGAGCUUCACCAGAUGGUUAACCAGCUGCUUAACAAUGAGGAGAAGCUGCCUUAUGCCUUUUAUAUAUCCGACAAAGAGCUUGUUGUACAACUGGGCGAGUAUUUGCAGAAGCAUAAAGUUUCUGUGGAGAAGGCAGUCACAAUAGUGUAUCAACCCCAGGCUGUCUUCCGCAUUCGUCCAGUUAAUCGUUGUUCUUCUACAAUUGCUGGUCACACAGAGGCUGUACUUUCAGUUGCUUUUAGUCCUGAUGGACAACACUUGGCUAGCGGUUCAGGUGACACAACGGUUCGCCUGUGGGACUUAAAUACCCAAACACCCCUGUUCACUUGUACAGGGCACAAGAAUUGGGUUCUUUGUAUCGCUUGGUCACCAGACGGUAAGCAUCUUGUUAGUGGAAGCAAGUCUGGAGAACUACAAUGCUGGGACCCACUGACCGGAAAACCGUCUGGCAAUCUGCUCACCGGACACAAGAAAUGGAUUACCGGUAUAUCUUGGGAACCAUUACACCUCAGCUCACCAUGUCGUCGCUUUGUCAGCUCUAGCAAAGACGGUGAUGCAAGAAUAUGGGAUGUUACGUUAAGGAGAAGUGUUAUAUGUCUUAGUGGCCACACUCUUGCUGUAACUUGUGUAAAAUGGGGUGGAGAUGGAUUCAUAUAUACAGGAUCUCAAGACUGUACAAUCAAAGUGUGGGAAACUACUCAAGGGAAGUUGAUUCGUGAAUUAAAGGGUCAUGGACACUGGGUGAAUUCUCUGGCAUUAAGCACAGAGUAUGUUCUUAGAACUGGUGCUUUUGAUCAUACACGCAAACAAUAUUCAUCUCCGGAAGAAAUGAAGAAGGCAGCUUUAGAAAGAUACAACAAAAUGAAGGGUGAUGCUCCUGAAAGAUUGGUUUCAGGCAGCGAUGAUUUCACCAUGUUUCUCUGGGAACCAUCUGUCAGCAAGCACCCUAAAACCCGAAUGACGGGUCAUCAACAGCUGGUAAAUCAUGUUUACUUUUCACCUGACGGGCAAUGGAUCGCGAGUGCUUCAUUUGAUAAAUCUGUCAAGUUAUGGAAUGGAAUUACUGGGAAGUUUGUUGCCGCCUUUCGGGGUCACGUGGGUCCGGUUUAUCAGAUAAGCUGGUCUGCUGACAGUAGGCUUCUCCUGAGUGGUAGCAAAGACUCUACAUUAAAGGUUUGGGACGUGCGGACACAGAAAUUAAAACAAGACCUUCCUGGUCAUGAAGAUGAGGUUUUUUCUGUAGAUUGGAGCCCCGAUGGUGAGAAGGUAGCAUCGGGUGGUAGGGAUAGAGUUUUGAAGCUAUGGAUGGGAUAAAUUGUGUCGUUAAGGGAAGAAAGCUUUUGGUAUAUGAAGUUGUACACGGACCAUUUUCUGCUCUGAUGUCAUAGUUUGCUAUGGAUUCAUGGUCCUUCACGACUGCGAAUGAAUUAAUGGCUAUGAACGAUGACGGAAGCACCUGUGACAAGGUUUGCAUCGAAUCAAUGGCUUAAAGGGUGACUAGAAUUUGACUAGAACAAGGUUGUUGGAACGAGGGUUGUUUUUUUUUUUUUUAAUAUUCAAAAGAUAGAAAAAUGAAAAGAUAUGUUAUUUAUUUUUACUGUUUACAUUUAAUUCUUUUAAGAAAUGUUGCAUGCAAUAGGAAGAAAUAUUUUGGAGUAUUAGAGCUUCUCGGAUUAUUGAAGAAACGAUUCUUACAA